GGACCUCGGCGGAAAGAUGGCAGCGCCCAUGGACUGUCUUGAGUCCCUGGAGGGUGAAAGCAGCGCGGGGUGUAGGGCGUCCGGGGUGGAGGUGGCGCUUCCCUCGGACCCCGCGGCUCCCGCCCCACUGUGCCCACACGGGCCCACUCUUCUCUUUGUAAAAGUGAGCCGAGGGAAGGAAGAAACACGAAAGUUUUAUGCCUGCUCAGCCUGUAGAGAUAGAAAAGACUGUAAUUUUUUUCAAUGGGAAGAUGAAAAGUUGUCAGAAGCUAGACUUGUUGCCCGAGAAAUUCAUAAUCAAAGAUGCCAGCCUCCUCUGUCCCGAACACAAUGCAUAGAAAGGUACCUGAGUUACAUUCAGUUGCCCUUGACUCAAAGAAAGUUCUGUCGAAGUUGCCAGCAGUUGCUGUUACCUGCAGAUUGGAAGGAGCAUGGUGAGCAUCAGCUGUCGGCUGACAUCUCCAUCACCCAGCUCGGGAGGCCCAGUCAGCUGCUCUACCCACUGGAGAACAAGAAGACACACGCCCAGUACCUGUUUGCUGAUAGGAGCUGCCAGUUUCUGGCAGGCCUCCUUGCUACCCUUGGAUUCAGAAGAGUGCUGUGUGUUGGAGCACCAAGGCUACACGAGCAGAUCAGGCUAACAGCACCAGGUGAGAAGUCCAACAUGAGGAGCCUUUUAUUGGAUAUUGACUUUCGAUAUUCACAGUUUUACCUGGAAGAAAGCUUUUGCCGCUAUAACAUGUUCAACCAUCAUUUCUUUGAUGGAAAGGCUGCCCUUGAAGUGUGCAAGGCAUUCUUACAGGAAGAGGAAGGCAAGGGGGUGAUUAUGGUGACAGACCCUCCCUUUGGCGGCUUGGUUGAACCUCUGGCUGUUACAUUCAAGAAGUUAAUUGCUAUGUGGAAAGAAGGUCAAAGCCAAGAUGACAACCACAAAGAACUGCCCAUUUUCUGGAUUUUCCCCUAUUUUUUUGAAUCACGGAUUUGUCAGUUCUUCCCGAGCUUCUGCAUGCUGGAUUACCAGGUAGAUUAUGAUAAUCAUGCGCUUUACAAACAUGGAAAGACUGGUCGAAAACAGUCUCCUGUCCGGAUUUUCACCAACAUUCCACCCAACAAAAUAAUCCUUCCAUCAGAGGAAGGAUACAGAUUUUGCUCCCUCUGUCAGAGAUAUGUCUCUCGUGAGAACCAGCACUGUGUGCAUUGUAAUUCUUGCACAUCCAAGGACGGCAGGAAAUGGAGCCAUUGCUUUCUCUGCAAAAAAUGUGUGAAGCCUUCCUGGAUCCAUUGUAACACCUGUAAUCACUGUGCACUCCCAGACCAUUCCUGUUCGGGGCCUAAAGAUGGCUGCUUUAUUUGUGGUGAAUUGGACCACAAACGCAGCAAUUGUCCCAACAUCGGCACCUCUCGGAGAGCUAACAAAGCUGUCAGAAAGCAGAAGCAAAGAAAACGUACUAAGAUAAGAAGGAAGGCACUAAAGGACAAUCCAUGAAUCACACAUCUGCUCCAAGAAGAAGGAAGAGGAGGAAAGGGUCCAUCAAUAUCCUCGCUCCUAAAUGUCCAGUGACUUGAGAAUAAGCAAGAUUUAUAGUCCAACCUUUGAUGCCAUUUCCUCCGAGUGCCACACUGGACUUAAAUCCAGCUACUUUCAAAGGUGUGCCCCUUCCUAAGCCUGGUAAUAGGCAGGUGGCAUUUGCUGGCUGAGUCCCUUCAGCUGCCUCUGCAGACUGGGGAGCCUUCUGCACGAAGCAUGUUACCCGGCUCCCUCUCUACAUGCUUUUCCACUCUUUAACUCCUGACCAGUCUUUAUUUUGGCCUCUUUUGUCUGAAAAAUGGGCAUACAACAUCUGUUUACUUACAAUACCCGAUAGAAACGCGAACGAGAAUCUACAGUUUAUUUUAUGUCGUCAAGCUUGUUUUAAUUUAGGUAUGAAACUCUUUUAAAUGACCAAGCAAUACAUUAAAGCACAUCCGGUCCACAUGUGCCCCAGCUAUACGUGUGACCUAACACCAAGCUCUGUGCACACUUAAAACACCGUGAGACUUUUUGUGCCACUGUGGUCAUGACUUGUUCUCACAGACCUUGAGUAGGAACUUUGUAGAUGAUGUCAUGUUGCAAUGUCAAAAGUUGGACAUGCCCAGACUUUCAACAAAAAGUGUCAUACAUAAUUGUUAAUAGAUUGGAUCUGGAGAUGGUGGGGGAAAUUGUUAUUGAAGCACUGUAAAGAUAAAAGGAUUGUAAUUGUUGUUUUAUUAUUAAAUCUUUAUUUUUCAGUA